AUGCAAUGCAACCAUUUACGUCUCUCCAAUCACCGGCAACGAAUAUCUGCAGAAGGUUGCCAGCAGUCUGCAUCCUGUGGUUAAUCUGGUUGGACAGAUUCGUGCGGUGGGCAUCAAGCCACUACCAACUGGAUUGCUGGUUCAGACAUCGUCCACGAAGCUGGGGCUCCCACCCCAAGCUUGGUUUUCCGGGUUGGCGGAAUUCCAGGGUAAGGUAGAACCGAAAUGAUGAAGACCCAAGAGGGACAUCCCGGGGCUAUUCGAUACUGCCGCAUUUAACAAUGGGCACAUGGUCCCAUGGUUCCACAAGAGCGCUGGCUUCAGGCUCUUAAUGCCCUCCCCAGGAUGAUGUGGCAGCAGGGAAGCUGGUCUCACGAAUCUCACAGCAUAAUAAAUACGCCUGCAGUUCUGUGGUCCAUGGCGAGUCCGACUCAAGGCAACAUCCAACAAGAUAGCUUCAUCUCUUGAGUCGUAGGACAUUUGCACACCCCUCAACUCCACGCAACAGAGAUCGACAACGCCAAGAUUCUUUUCUGGCCAUUAAACUAGCCCACCAUCUUUCCAGAUACCUAUUCAGCCUAGGUAGUCCGAUAUGGCUCCCGGAGAUACAGUUCGAAUUCGCGGCAACUCGGUCCUGUACAAAGUCAUUGCAGUAAAUGGCUGCAUGCUCACCAUCUUGGUGAUGAAUCCGCAACCAGAUGGGCAGUACCUGGACUUCAGUCCGACCUCGAUACAAACUAUAGACGAAUAUCGCGUCGAAAAGGUGGAUGAUUGUUGA